CUAUCACAAUAAACUUUUUAAAUGAAUAAAAGUAUAUAAAAGUAUUGCAAUCAUUUUAGCACCACAUAAUCUUUUCCACUCACUACGGGUCGCUAUGCGAUGCGUCACUUCCGCCUUCUCGGGUAGCCAUGCUGGGAGAGCGCUGGUUGUUAUGGCAACCGAGACGCAACUUACACUAUGGAAGUGUAGUCUAUUAAUAAACAAAACGGGGUGUAUAAGUACUUUUAUACACAUCAAUAACAAGAAUAAGAUGAAUAAGAGUUUUCCUGCAUCAUUAUAGUACGUUCAACGUUGUUAAAUAGGCUUGUGUAUGAAAUAAAUAAUUAUUAAAAAAUAAAAAAAGCAAUGAAAAAAAGGAUGGAAAAAGUCAGCAAGGAGAAAGGGACUUCUGGAGUUCUGGAGGAAGAGCCUUCACACACUGCAGGACUGAAUAUACAAGACAAACGCCCAGUCCAGAGCGUAGAUGACUACGAGUGCUCAGGCAAUCUGGAAGUGGAUUUCCCAGAGCUGUGUGCUGUAGUCGGCUUGAGGGAAAUCCCUGACGUGAGACCACUAAUAGCAGCAUCACCUUCCACAGAAAGAACAACGGAGAGUAGCCAAGAAAAGAUUUUCUCUGAAAGCUGUAUGGCAACCUGGUCUCCUAAACCCUGCCUUCACAUAGAACUGGAGAACGAGGACUCACGGAGCGUAAAAAGAGUUCGAAUAUCUGGAUGGAGGGUGGACGAGGCGAUGGCUCGAGUGCUGAGUAAGACGUUACCAUCCCUCAGCAAUCUGCAGAGCCUAGAGAUGUGGCGGAUUGGAUUGACUGACCCCAUUCUGACCUCCUUAAAGAACACAAUUUCUAUGUGCUCAAAGCUCAGGACAGUUAUUUUGGAGGGAACCCCUAUUCCAGAAAACAGUUACCAUAUUCUCAUGGGAGAGGACAGUAUGAUAACACACCUAUCACUGCGAAACAAUCGCAUAGGAGAAGAGGGAGCACGUCUGAUUGGUUUAGCGCUGUCCAAGAAUCUCCUGUCACUCAACAUGGCCUUCAACGCUGUUGGUGAUGCGGGUGCUAUUUAUCUCGCCCAGGGGUUGCGUCUCAAUCGCACUUUGUUGUAUCUCUCCCUGGCCAGCAAUCACAUAGGCGAUGUAGGAGCAGCUCAUCUGGCUCAGGUGCUUGGCAGAUUUGCUCUGACACAUGAAGAAAUAGUCGAGAGGAGGAGGCUGUUGAAAAGGAAGGACCAACUGGAUGCCACCAGAAAGGAUGAGAAGCCUCCAACAAAUCAGACAUUGACAACAACAGGAAAGAAAGAGGACCCCAAAGUGGAAAAGAAGAGAACCUCAGAUACUAAGAUGCCACAAGGCAAAGGUGGAAAAUCAGAUGGAAAAGACAAGCAUCUUUCAGUGAAGGAACAAGAGACAGAAGAAGUGGUUGAGACACAAAGCCCUUUGCUGAAUCCUGCCAUACAGAACAUUGGAGGGAAAGUGAUUUAUCCAGGCAACACAACACUUCUUUCUCUAAACUUGUCAGGCAAUAAACUGACACAGCAGUCACUUCAGAUGUUCCUGUCAUCUGUGGCGUGUCAAGGGAAAAGAGGUCUCCAGCAUAUUUCCCUUAAUAGGAACAGCUUUCCUCCAGACUGUGAGGUCUUCCUGAAACUACAGGAAAUGAUGUCACUUAAGGAUCCUCUAAACCGAGCCACCUCAGCUCAGGUGGACGCUGAGCAGGGACAGGCAGCAUAGUUACCUUUUACGCCUCAGAAUUUUACUUUACAAUUAUCUUUUUUAUGCUCUAACAUCAUGUGUUUUUGUAGUUGCCUCCUAAGUAAGGAAUAAAUCACAGUGGGGCGUGCUGUGAUAGAAAAAUAAUCAAUGACGUGGUGGUGUGAUGGUGUGAAGCAAAGGGGAGGGUCAUUACCAGCCCAAAGUUGAUUAUUUUCUAAUAAAAGCACAUCCCAACAUGUUUUAUUCCUCUUACACCACCAUAUUUUGUUAAUAAUUUUGUGUUGAGUCGUAUCACGUCACACACAUAUGAGUAGAGAGAGGAAGUUCACUUGGAUUACCACAAGUGUGUAAAGCCAGACUGAGUUGGGCUUCUGCGAGCUGAUGUUCCCAUUGUCCAAUCACUGAUCACUACUGUUCCCAACAACCAAUCACUAAUCAUUAUUGUUCCCAACAACCAGUCACUGCUCACUACUGUUCCCAAUGACCAAUCAGUGAUCAACCGAUCAAAAUACUUUUGAUAGACAGUAUAGUAUUUCUUAAAUGUGGAAAGAGUUAGUUUGUGGUGUCGUGACCAAAGUUGACUCUUUUUUAUGGGUUGUUUCCACUGACGUUACUGCGACCUACGCAUUUACCCACAAUGCAAAGCAUUUAUAUCUAUGUGCUCAUUGUAAUUCCCUAGCUAAAUACCUUAUGUAUUAGUUCUGUCAUGAUAGCCUUCUUACCUGAAAUUCAAAAUAUAAAUUUCUUAAAGAAAUAUCUCCAACUUGUUAAAACACAUGAUGAAAUACUCAUACAAAUGUCCUACAUUCACUCAUUCACCAAAGACGACUCUUUCUUUCUAUAAGAAAUAAAUUACAAUCCGUUAUUUUCUAUUCUGAUAAAAUUUCUAUUCUAAGUGUCUUCAGAAAAUCUUUCUUCUUCAUAUAGCCUAAGUUGUAAUUUGGUAUGCAAAUGAUCAUGAAUAUGCAAAUUAGAACAUGACAUCACCUGGUGUUUUGAGUGUGCUUUAGAUUACUUUCCCUUGAAAAGAGGAAAGCUACGAAGCUACUGAAGCCACAAGAGGACGUUGGUUGUAGUGAUGUUGUGGGUUUUACACACUCCUCUCCUGGCUUAUUGCUUUAAUUAGGGCUGUUCAAUUCCGCAAAUUUUGGAGUCGCGUCCAAUUCUGAUUCCAAGCAAUGGGAAUCGAUGGAGUCGACACCAAGAGUCGAUUCCACACAAUAAUUUUCUUGACUCUCGAGUCCAGAAAACAAGACAUAUGGAAAGAAAUUGGGUAAAAUAAACAGUGCCGCAUUAAUUAGGCACAUGGAAUGGCUUUGAACUGCUGUGUAUUUUGACUCAUACUGCUACUGUUUCAAACUCAGGCUUGGGGAGUAACAGAAUACAUGUAACAGCGUUACGUAAUCAGGAUACAAAAAACUGGUAACUGUAAAACGCUACAGUUACAACAAAAAACAAUCACAUUACAGGUACAUUUUAUAAAAAAUGGAUUACAAUUUAUUCAUUUAAAACCAAAGAAAUUACUCUUUUGACAUAACGCAGUAUAGACAGCUGCUUGAUUAUGAUUCUGGUUCUCUCCUGCCAGUCGUGAGUCACGUGAGCCACCUCCCGGUGCGUACGCAAUAAACAUCUGUCUCUAAUCAUUCUGCUCUAGAGACAUAUGUUGAAACAGCUGUUUAUCACGAUGAAGCCCGCUGGGAAAAAAAAUGCAUUAUAGUGAUGGAAAUUUCAAAAUGAUUUUGUCUAUAAAGGAGAAAAUGGAAGCAACAACAUCACAGUACAGUGCUUCCAGCUGUGAAGACGCUGUCUUUAUCGAACAACUCCACAUCUAAUUUAAAGAAGCAUUUAAGCUCGGAAAUCAUGUUAGCUAGGUUCGCUAAAAUGAUUUAAUGUUACCCGCAGUUGUGGAUGAGGUUAUUUUGGUAGAAAUGAACACGACUCCCCGACAAAACAUGAUAAACUACAUGGAUCAACGUGUAUAUUGAAAUAGCCUCAUGUACAUGUCAAUGGUGUAGACUUUUUUUUAAUGUUGUGACAUUUUUUCCUUGUGCUUGUUAACAUUAGUUAAUGAAUGUAUAAGAACAGAAUGUACAAAGAACUGGAUCUUUUGCUGAAUCAAACUUUUAAACAAAUAAUAACGUAUUCAAGAACAAACUGAAUAACAAAGAUCAUGUUGCAAAAAUAUGAAAAUUAAUAAUAUUUUCGAUCUUGAAAAUA